GUCCUUUUGUCGUCCAGGUUCGACUUGGAUGAACAUCCUGAAGGGUCUGCUGGAGGUGGUAGGGGGGGUGAUAGCCGGACUAAUCCUGGGUCUGUUACUGUGCUGUGUCCCCGGCAAAGACCAGGGGGACCUAGUGUUGAAGAGGACUCUCAUGCUGUUGGGUCUGUCCAUAUUCUCGGUGUUCUUCAGUCACGUUAUUGGUUUUGCUGGAGCCGGCGGUCUCUCUGUGCUGGUCCUCGCCUUCCUGGCUGCUCUGGGCUGGAAGACCAACAAG